UUCAUUGGUCUUCGUGCGCGGUCGCGAAUUAUGUGCUUGAGGGCGCUGGGGCGACUGAGUACCCAGUGUUUAUUGAAGCAUCCUAAAGUAUUGAUUACUAAACGCAUCUCACGGACUAUUAGUGACAAGCGGGCCGUCAUCGGUAACCGCACUGCCGUGUACUAUACAACUUCGCUUGUUCUGGUCGUUGGUGGUCUGAGUUAUGCAGCUGUUCCCCUCUACCGGAUAUACUGCCAGGCGGCAGGCACCGGAGGACAGGCCGCUUUUCUUGGUCCGUCCACCGAAGACGCUGGUAGCAAGGUGGAAACGAUGACCGCGGUGAAGCACAGGACAAUCACAGUGAGCUUCCAGGCUGACACCGCAUCUGGGAUGAGGUGGAAUUUCAAGCCCCAACAGAGCUCCGUCCGGCUUCGACCCGGUGAGACGGUGUUAGCCUUCUAUUCCGCCAAAAAUCCCUUCGAUAAACCCGUGGAUGGUAUUGCUACAUACAACGUGAUGCCUUUCGAAGCCGGCAAAUACUUCAAUAAGAUUCAGUGCUUCUGCUUUGAAGAACAAAGACUCAAUCCGGGUGAAGAGGUGGACAUGCCCGUUUUCUUCUAUAUAGAUCCGGAGUACGCUGAAGACCCGAAAAUGGAAAAUGUCGACCAAAUAACGCUGUCGUAUACUUUCUUUGAAUCGAAACCAGGUUUGAAUCUACCCGUACCGACCAUUCGUUAG